AUGAUAAUAUCACUGCUGUUAGCGAGUGUGGCGGUGGGACUACUGGUGCUGUACAUCAGACAGUUCUACUUCUUCUACAAGGAUGGCAUCAAGUACAAGACGCCAGUCCCACUACUGGGCAACAUGGCCUCUGUAAUAUUACGCCGGGAACAUUACGUGAAUAAUCUGGAGAAUUAUUACAACAGCUUUCCCGAAGAAAAGUUUGUGGGCAGAUUUGAAUUUAUUACGAAGUUUAUAUUAGUCCGUGACGUUGAGCUGAUCAAAAAGAUCGCUAUCAAAGACUUUGAGCAUUUCACCGACCACCGCAGUUUCGAUGGCGAAUCUUUCUUCAAAAAGACUUUGUUUCUAAUGAAAGGUCAAGAAUGGAAAGACAUGCGGUCCACGUUGAGUCCAGCCUUCACGAGCUCAAAGAUACGACAUAUGGUGCCUUUCAUGAUGGAGGUCGGAGACCAGAUGAUGCUUUCGCUUAAUAAAAAAUUGGAGGAUUCUAAAGAUGAAUACGUGGACAUUGAUUUCAAGGACCUCACAACACGGUACGCUAACGACGUGAUAGCAUCUUGUGCUUAUGGUCUAAAAGUGGACUCUCAGGCUGAUCCAAACAAUGAAUUCUAUAAUAUGGGGAAGACUCUAUUUGAUUUCAAAUUCGUUCAAAUGAUAAUGUUUUUCGUGUUAUUGAAUGCUCCUAAAGUAGCUAAGAUACUUAAUUGGGAUAUUGUACCAGCCUCUGUGAGGAAAUUCUUUACUAGUUUAGUGCUGGAUACAAUGAAGGAUCGACAGCAACGGAAUAUCAUCAGACCCGACAUGAUCCACUUGUUAAUGGAAGCUAAAAAAGGACAACUAUCUCAUGAUGAGAAAUCUAACGAUACUUCUACUGGUUUUGCUACUGUCGAAGAAUCCUCAAUUGGAUUAAAAAAAGUGGUGAAUCGAGAAUGGAGUGACAUCGACAUAGUCUCCCAAGCAUUUCUUUUCUUCAUAGCUGGCUUCGAAACUAUUUCGACCACUAUGUCUUUCAUGAUGUAUGAGCUAGCUGUAAACCCUGACGUACAGGAGCGCUUGGCACAAGAGAUAAGAGAACAUGACGCUAAGAAUGGUGGCAAGUUUGACUUCAACUCCAUACAGAGCAUGAAGUAUAUGGACAUGGUUGUGUCGGAGGUCUUGCGACGAUGGCCUACAGCUGUUGCAGGUGAUAGGGAAUGUAUCAAGGAUUAUAAUAUGGGCAAACCAAAUAAGAACUCCAAAGAAGAUUACAUUAUUCGUAAAGGUACUAGCGUCAUGAUCCCAACUAUUGCCAUUCACCGCGACCCUCAAUACUUCCCUCAGCCAGAAAAGUUCGACCCUGAGCGCUUCUCCGAAGAAAACCGUCACAACAUUAAUAUGAAUGCCUACAUCCCCUUCGGAAUGGGUCCUAGGAAUUGUUUAGGAUCGAGAUUUGCUCUCUGCGAGUUGAAGGUAAUGGCCUACCAACUAUUACGUCACAUGGAAGUGUCUCCAUGUGAAAAGACCUGCAUCCCUGCCAAGCUCGCUGUUGACAACUUGAACAUCAGACUGCACGGAGGACACUGGCUUAGAAUAAGACCUAGAAAAUAA